GAACCUUGCUUAAUUAGCCACGUCCGCAACUGAAAAAGAAAACCCUAAGAGAUGAAGAGAACUCCUAUCUUGUUCCCUCUCUUCUUUCUUCUUUGUGCCUUCACCUCAUAUCUACCUUCAGCCACCGCUGAUGAUGAUCAUGUGUACGACACUGACGGCGAUAAGCUUCAAUACGGUGUCAAUUAUUUCGUGUUGCCAGUGAUAAGAGGAAAUGGCGGUGGAAUACAAGUAGCAAAAGCAGGAAACGAAACUUGCCCUCUGACUGUGGUGCAAUCUGGCAACGAGCUCUCUGAGGGGUUACCGAUAAAGAUUGCAUCUCGAUCAGCAGGAGUCGCUUUCAUCACCCAAGGCCAGCUUUUCAAGAGCAUUCAGUUCGGUGUGUUUCCAUCCACACUCAGACCAGGGUGUCCCCCAAGUCCAAUUCCUUCUAAGUGGGACCCACCUUCCAAGUGGACUAUCGUUGAGGGUCUACCAGAAAGAGGACUCGCUGUUAAGCUUGUUGGUUACCAAAAUAGAGUGUCUGGUUGGUUCAGUAUUGUGAAAGUUGCUGAUGACGCUUCUUCUUCUUCUGUGGGCUAUAAGCUUGUGUUCUGUCUAUGGCCAGAAGAAGAGGUGGCGAUUCACUUAUGUAAGAAUGUUGGGAUUCGUACCGAUGGUAAGGGAAUCAGGCGCUUGGUGCUGUCUGAGAACACUCCUUUAGUCGUUCAGUUUCAGAAAUUUCGAUCUGCACUGGCCCUGAAUAAUCAUGUGCUUUCUGCCAGUGUGUGAGAGACAUGCUUUGGUUGUAGUAACAUUGGUGUCUUACUAAAUAAAAUAAUCAAAGCUUAUGCCUUUUUGCAAAUGUUUUAA